AUGUUCAGCCAACUGGUCAGGCACACAGUGUGAGAGGCCAGCUCCCAAAAGCAGCAAGUCUGACAAUAUCAAUACAAGAAGCAUUGCAAUCAUUGUUCCUCUUGUUUUACUGGUGACUUUGGUCACUACUCUGGUAAUUGGAUUAUUUCUUUGCAAAAGGAAACGAAGGACAAAAACCAUCAGAAGACAACCCAUUAUAAAUGGAGGAAUCAAUGUAGAAAUUGGCAAUCCAUCAUAUAACAUGUAUGAGGUGGGCCAUGAUCACACUGAAGGUGGUCUUUUAGCUUCAGAUUUUACUGUAAAUGCAGAAAAGGCCAGAUACAUAGGGGGAGGGCCCACUGCAUUCAAGCUUCCCCACACAGCUCCGUCAAUCUACCUAAACUCUGACUUGAAAGGACCACUGUCAACAGGGCCAACAAAUUACGCCAAUCCAGUAUAUGCAAAGUUAUACAUGGAUGGACAAAACUGUCGAAACUCCUUAGCAAGUGUUGAUGAAAGAAGAGAACUCCUUCCAAAGAAAAUAGAUAUUGGGAUAAGGGAGACUGUGGCAUAAUCUGCUAUUACCUUUUAUACUCUGUAUAAAUGUAUAAAAUAUAAGGAUUACUUUUCUAUGUACCAACAGUAUUAUAAUUGUUUCAGCAUCAGCAUUACCUCUGUUUUUUGUUUGGUUGAUUGUUUUCUGGGUCUUUCUUUUGCUGAUGACUUUUGACUGACCAUUUGUAAGGUAUUUUUAUGAAAAGAAACUGCACUACGGUACAAUUUACAACAAUGCUGCUGAAAUAACACACCUUUAAAUUUGUUAAAAUUGCAAACAACAUACUCGUUUGUAGUGUGAAAAUGAGCAAUCUAUUUUCUAUGAACUUUUUUGGUUCUACUUAAUUGAUGAAGAUGGUAUCUGCACUAUUUCAUUAUGUAGUCUGGAAGCUGUAGUACAGUAUGUAAUUUUGUUUGUUUUAAAUGGUGAAAGAAUGAUUGAAUGGUCUACUCUCUUCUUUGUGCCCAUUCAUGAUCAUGAUAAAGCUAGGUAACUUUUCACAAACAAACAUAACUUGCUUUUAA